AUGGCUUCAGUGCAUAGAUUAUUGCCGACCUCUGCUGAAUUUUACGCGGAGUUACAAGUAAAAUCAGAUGCUGCAGAACAUCAUCGCCAUGAAAGAUUUACGGCUGUAAUGAUCAUGAUUAAAAUAACUCGUGGUUGGCUAAUCCGUAGGCACGUGGCAUGGUUAUCACAUAAUGCUACAAUCAUCCAAUGUGCCUUUCGUAGGUUCAUGGCAAUGAAGGCAAGACGAGCCGCGCUUAAACAAGCCGUGCGCGACAAACAUAACAAAUAUUACGCUCGUGCUGCUAUGAGGAUACAGGCAUUGUGGCGUGGCCACUACUCAAGGCGUACAAAGUUCUGCUACCGAACUUAUCGCCGCUGGUUGGCUACUGUGAAAGAACGUGGAGAAAGACGAGCGGCUGAAGCUGCGGAAUUCGGUAUUAGAAGUCGAGCAGACGAUCUGAGGAUUUUAGAGGAAGAAGCUCGCACGUGGCUUGCUUUCGUUGUCUUCAAAUUACAUCAUUUACUUAGAACAUACGUCUGUGCCGGAGUAUAUUCAGAGUAUGCAACAUCAGAACUGUCUGAAUUUGAAAAACUACUAAAAUCUAUUCAGUAUACCGAAUACAUGAAGAGGUUGAAGCGGAAAUAUGAUGAGUUUGUAAGAAAACACCGACCGGCUUUUUCGAAUAAGAGGUUGUUUCCGAUAAUAGGGGACGGCGCCGAGUAUUGGUACUUAUCGUUGGCCGAAAUGUAUGAACUGACUACCCCGACACUGAAAUCAAAACGAGAGGAUAACAGGCAUCGGGCGCUGCAUCACGGACGGAUUCAUAAGGAACCCUUUUUGUGGAAGAGACUUAGGCCAGCUGAGCAAACGGAAGGCCGUGGGCCGUUUACAAUAAAGUGUACGACGAAGUAUCCUCCGGCACCAGCGCCGACUCCUAUUCGAGCUGGAGGAGAUGAAGAAAAGCGAGUUGUGCCGAAAGACCCUAGAUUUCAUCUCUAUGUCAGACAUUACAAACCAGACCCUGCCUUGUUUGAUUACGUCGACUUUCACAUUAACGCCCUACUAAGACGAAAGUGUUCCAUUGAGAACAUCGAUAAAGAGUUAUGA